UUACGGAUGGAAAACGAACUAGAAGAAGUCACAGAGGAGAUUAAGAGAGUUGAGGAUGAAGAGAUUGAAGAAGAGAAGGAAGAAGAGGAGCCUGAAAUGGAUGAGGAAGAGAGAAAGGCUCUUGAAUUGAAUGAACAUUUGGAGAUGAUGGCAAGUAAGCCGAUUCCGAAAUAAGUAUGGGGCGAAGACUACAUUUCAAGUGGGUUCGGAUGAGGAUCACAAGGAAGUAUUUUCAGCAGAAUUUGGAGUUGAAGAUAAGUAUCUAGCAGCAGCUCUCUCAGAUUCUACCUUAUGAAUAUAUAACCUCAUUAACAGCAAGCUAGCUCAAUCUAUUUCCUAUGUUCCAUCAGGAAUAGGAGAAGUGGCUAGAGGUAUGAGUGUGAAAUGGCUUAAAAAUUCUAUUCUCUGUGCAUUCUCUGACGGAGUAAUUAACGAAUAUUCUUGCCCAAUUGGAAAGCAACUUUCAACAAUUACUGAAGAAGGCAACCAGACCUUUGUUCUAGACGUUGAUCCAUACAAUGAGAAAUUCUGCACCGGAGGGAAGGACUACCGUGUCAGAGUCUACGAUGGUGAGACUAAAGACUGCCUCUUAAAAAUGAUACCUGUAGACUCAAAAGAGCCAGGGCAUGCCCAAAGGGUCUUUGCAAUGACUUACAAAAAGGAUGAUCCUAACUGUGUGAUCACUGGAGGAUGGGACAAAACUCUACAAAUUCAUGACAUUAGAAAGGGUGGUCCAGUUGGAUACAUUUUUGGCCCGGACCUAUCAAGUAAUGCUAUUGAUAUUCACGAUAACACCAUCGUUACAGGAAGUUAUAGAGGGAAAAAUCCUCUGCAGGUCUGGGAUCUCCGCAAGAAGGAAUUGCUUUAUAAUAUAGAAUGGGAUUAUUCUGGAGAAGCCAGUGAAAGCUCCUACCUAAAUUGUGCUUCAUUCACUCACAAUGGAGAUAUAAUAAUCGCUGGAGGCAAAGGAGAGGAGAUAAAAUACUUUGAAAUUGACAAAGAUGAUGAUAUCCCUAGCUACUCCUUGAUGGGAAAGCAAUCAGGGUUCAAUGAUAGCAUUCUGUGUUGUGCAUUUGCAAAGACGAGCAAUAAUUAUGUAGUUGGUACAGCUGAUGGCAUGAUUAAGAUUUUUAAUUAG